AUGGCCCCUAUGAUGAAGUUCUUUUACGCUGGUCUUCUCGCAGCCAGCACUUUCACCUCAGCCGUAUUUGCCAGCCCCAUCGACAAUAUUGCCGUCGUCGUCGAGUCCAGAGAUGUCAAAUACCUGAGCGAGGGCGUCAACACCCCCAUCGGUAUCGAUAUCGCCAACGCCGUCGCCGUCGCCGUCCGCAACGUCGAUAAGGAUGCCGCCUCUCUCGAGAAGCGUGUCUUCACUUCCCCCCAUGUCCGCAAGGCCUUCAAGGUCGUCGCCGGCAAUAUGAUCAGUGCCGCCUCCUGGGCUUUCAACUUUUGGGUCGAGGAGGACUACACUGGCAAGUCCACCCUCUGGUACAGCGGCCUCACUGGUGGCGGCGUCACCAAAGAGCGGUACUGA